AGCGAUUGUGGGAUAGAGUCCCCAGUGAGUUUCACUACAGCAAACACUCCUGGGAGGUUCUAGGCCCGCACUUGUCCAUAAUAAGUCUGGUCAUCCAUCUGGAGUACCUCCAUACGGUGUUUCAGGUCGAGCGCAUCCGUUGCAGUGAGAGUCCCGAUGCCAUGAGAGAUCUUCUGGACUCGGCCAUGCAGAUCGUCUCGGCAGUCACGGACUUUGCAAAGCAACGCGAUCAGGAAAGCAGCAUCCGGGAGCAGUACACGUGGAUUUUUCUCUUUUAUGCUCUCCCGGCAGCAGGCGUCGUUGCAACGGAACUCCAUCGCUGUACAGUGUCCAGUGUGCCACUACCAUGUUCCAUCCCCCGAUCCAGGAUUAUCCGUGAUCUAAGCCUGCUUGUGUCCUGGUUUGAAAGUGCUAAUCUACUGACUAGUGGGACACAUAAGGCGUGCGUGGAAGUCACUAAGGCAAUGGUCAAGCUCUUAGAUGAUACUUUAGAUUACCCAUCAGGCGCGCAGACGACAGAUGGAUCACAGCCCAGCACAGGCAAUCAGCCUGCAUCGAACCACGGUGAUCGAAUCCGGGAUAGUUCCCAUUCGAUCGGAGUGUCCUUAAAUGCCUACGAACAAGGUGAGACAUUACCGAACGUGGAUACUCUUGAAACCAGUGAGGACUUCUUAAAGUGGCUGGACGAGUUGGGGUUGGACACCAGCAUGCCAGAGUUCUUUCGGUGGCAGUAGAUGCAUUAGCCAUUAUCAGGUUCUAUUUAAGCUUUAU